UCGGCGCCGCUUUCGACGUCCUAGCACGCGCAGAUAGUGACCGUCCACCGACGUUCGAGUCAAUAAAAAGCCACCUCGGGCACUCAGAAACAGCCGCGGGCAUCGUAUCAAUCAUCCAAGAGACGAAUCACACGGGCGACGCGCACGCGAGGCCACCGACCGCCAACGUUCUGGAUGAGAUGCUCGAAGAUGUCAUGGGAAUUAUGCGCAAGGUUGUCGACGAUCUGGAGCCGCAAUUGGCGCAUCUGCUCGUAGAAUCUGCAGCGGCAAAGAUGACGCUCACGAGACCAAGCGCCGCGAUGAAGCGGAAGAUGACGACUCCGUCACGGAUAGAGCGUGGCGAAUCGGCGCCUGUGACGCUGCACACGUCGGACAUUUACGCGGAAGCGCCAUCGUCCCACUUUGUUCGGGAUUUCGGCGACUACUAG